AUGUUCUUCCUCUAUAUGGGAGCUUUCCCUCCUUAUGCUGAUCAGAUUCCAUUCCAUAUUAAUAAUCUUUUGGGUAUUGAGGGAUUUCUUGAACCGAACGAUGAAAAAAGUUUUGAAGGUUUCUGGGAAAAGCUUUCUCAUGGGUAUUAUCUUGUUCUCGACACAGAAAAUUCUUGGUAUUUGGGUAGACGGUAUCGCGUGCAUUCUUGUUGGCAGCACUUAUGUAAGGUAGAAGCUAGUAGGAUCAAGUUUCUACAUGUCUUACGAGGUUGUGAUGAUGUAAUAAAAGACCAGCGUCGCUUGUGUGCCCAUUACAAUAGUUUAUUUGGCUUCAAACAAGUGUAUGAUUCGAUAAAAAGUGAUUGUGCAUCCACUGUCCGUUCUCUCCUUUGUGUUGGUCCUUAUCACCCAUAUCCAAUCCCAAUAGUUGCCAUGGGUUUCAAGUUGCUCAGGGUACUAUAUGCUCUUGGAGUUCGAUUUUACCAUAUCCCAAUUGAAAUUUUGAAACUUGUUUGUCUGCGGUACCUUUCCCUAAAAUGCAACGGGGAGCUCCCUCCUUCCAUAUCCAACCUUUUUCACCUUCAAUUCUUGAUUAUCCAUCCACAUAUGUACAUUAAAAAGCUUGGAGUUCAGUCUUAUAUGCCUGUGCAAAUUUGGGACAUGCAAGAACUAGAGCAUCUUGAGAUAAUUGGAAGGGACCUGCCAACCCCUAAUACUGAUGAUGCUACCUUGAACAAACUCAUCUCACUUCUUGGUGUGAGUGCAAACAGUUGUACAAGGGAAGUUCUCAAAAGAAUUCCUAAUUUAAAGGAACUACGAAUUGAUGUGGAGUUGAAGCCUUAUGAUGAUGAUGGCGAUGAAAGAAACCCAUUGAGUUGCUUAGGUUAUAUCUCCCAACUCCAGAAUUUGGUCGAACUUGGAUAUUGGGUUAAGAAUCCCGAGAUAAAGUAUGAGUGUAAUACGAUUCCUCUUUCAAUGUUUCCAUCAAGUCUCAAGGUGUUAGGUUUGUCUGGGUUAGGGGGGUAUCCUUGGAAUUAUAUGAAUGACAUUGGUUUGUUGUUGCCAAAUCUCGAGAUUCUCAUGUUAUGCGAGUAUGCAUUUCGAGGCCCAGAGUGGGACAUAACACCGGGGAGUUUUUUGAAACUUAUCGAACUUCAAAUUGACGACACCGAUUUGGUGCGAUGGAGACCUCAACGUGGAAGCUUCCCGAAGCUUCGUAGACUAAGCAUGUGGCACUGCUACAAAUUACAACAGCUCGAUUGGCCGUAUGAUCACUCUUGGAUAGAGAUCAUUCAUUUACGCGAUUGCAAUCCUUUAGCCGUCGCUUGUGCCAAUGAAUUAAAAGACAAGUUUUCCUUUGACCUUUUUGUCGAAUCUUCUUUUUGA